ACAUUUCAACCGCGAUUCUCGAAUCUCGAUAGAAUAAAUACCUUUUGAUAGAAAAAUGGCUGUUUCUGUAUUAGGGCAGACGCUUUUUUCGAAGAUGCUAAAUAUGGGUUGCCGCUUUCGAACGUCAAGGGUGUUAUCACAGAAAUUAAGGAAUUUAACAACUCAAUCCCAACCUCAAAUUGUAGAAAAAGAAGGAUCAGAUGUCUCGUCAAUAGAUCCAUUAAAACAUCCAGAUUUCUUUGGAGUUCAUAAACUGUUUACAGUUCAAGACUUAUUCGAAGCAAGAGUACACUAUGGUCAUAAACUUGGUUCUUUAGACGAUCGUAUGCGUCCUUACCUGUUCGGGUCUCGCUUGGACCAUUUGAUAUUUGAUCUCGAUAUAACAGCUGACCACCUUCGACGAGCCCUGAAUUUCACUGCUCACAUAGCAUUUAAUGGUGGUAUAAUUCUUUUUUUUUGUAGAAAUGCGCAAAACGCACAUAUUGUUGAAAAAACUGCUAAAGAAUGCAGGGAAUAUUCUCACACAAGAUUUUGGAGGGGUGGAAUAUUUACAAACGCUGAUAAACAGUUUGGCGAGGCGACACGCCUGCCUGAUUUAUGCAUAUUCCUGAAUACUUUGAACAACAUAUUAAAUCAACAUACCGCUGUUCGAGAUGCAGCUAAAAUGAGUAUCCCUACCGUAGGCAUUGUCGAUACAAAUUGCAAUCCAAACCUCAUCACUUAUCCUGUUCCUGGAAAUGACGACACACCAGUUGCCAUUGAACUCUAUUGCAAACUAUUCAAAACUGCAAUAUUGCGUGGUAAAGCAGAACGGAAAAAAAUGAAUGCAUCAAAAAAAUUAAACAAAGGUUAACUUUACCAAUUUAAAUAUUUAAGAUCACCAUAGUAUAAUGUACAAAAUUUAAUAAACUGUCUCAUAGUAACAACAAUAUCGAAUAAAUUCGGCAAAUAAAAUGGCUCUU